CGGAUCCUUAUAUAGGAGUAUUAUUUCCGCAGCCACCUCCAAAACCCUAAAAACCUUCCAGAGCAGAGAGACAGCUAUCAACAAAAAUGGUGAAGAAAAGCAAGAAGAGUAAGAGCAAAAGGGUGUCUUUGAAACAGAAGCACAAGAUAAUAAGGAAAGUGAAGGAGCACCAUAAGAAGAAGGCCAAAGAGGCAAAGAAGCUUGGACUUAAUAAGAAACCUAAGGUAGAGAAAGACCCAGGCAUUCCCAAUGAUUGGCCUUUUAAGGAGCAGGAGCUCAAGGCUCUCGAGGCUCGUCGUGCUCGCGCUCUUGAUGAAUUGGAGCAGAAGAAAGCUGCCCGUAAAGAGAGGGCUAAGAAGAGAAAGCUUGGACUACUUGAGGAUGAUGAUGUGUCCAAACUGGAAGAUCUGACUUCAACGAAAGAAAAAGAAGUUGGUGGAGGAAGGGUAAAUGAUGGCUCAGCUUCUUUUGUUAAACAACGAGAUAACUCUGAAAGGGCUUUCUACAAGGAGUUGGUCAAAGUAAUUGAUGCUUCAGAUGUAAUUUUGGAAGUGCUUGACGCUCGAGAUCCUCUUGGUACCCGCUGUCUUGACAUGGAAAAGAUGGUGAUGAGAGCAGGCCCUGAGAAACAUCUUGUGUUGCUCCUCAAUAAAAUUGAUCUCAUUCCUCGGGAAGCUGCAGAAAAGUGGCUAAAGUAUCUAAGAGAGGAAUCACCAACGGUUGCUUUCAAGUGUAGCACCCAAGAACAAAAGUCAAACCUGGGUUGGAAGCCUUCCUCAAAGGCUGGUAAGAGUAAGACUAGUAAUCUUCUGCAGACCAGUGAUUGCCUUGGAGCCGAGACACUGAUAAAAUUGCUGAAGAACUACUCACGAAGCCAUGAGAUCAAGAAAUCAAUCACUGUAGGAGUCAUUGGUCUACCAAAUGUUGGUAAAAGUAGCCUGAUUAAUAGCUUGAAGAGAUCUCACGUAGUCAAUGUAGGUGCUACUCCAGGAUUAACGAGAUCCCUGCAAGAAGUCCAGUUAGAUAAGAAUGUUAAAUUGCUGGACUGCCCUGGGGUUGUGAUGCUUAGGUCAGUGUCUGAGGAUGAUGCGUCUAUUGCUCUUCGAAAUUGCAAGAGGAUUGAGAAGUUAGACGACCCAAUUAGUCCUGUGAAGGAGAUUCUUAAACUUUGUCCAGAAAGAAUGUUGGUUACCAUAUACAAGGUUCCUACCUUUGAUUCCGUGGAUGACUUUCUUCAGAAAGUUGCUAUGGUUAGGGGUAAGCUCAAAAAGGGAGGAAUUGUUGAUGUUGAUGCUGCUGCAAGGAUCGUUCUGCACGACUGGAAUGAGGGGAAAAUUCCAUACUACACCUUGCCUCCAACCAGGAACGAGGGGGAGCAUUCAGAGGUCAAGAUAGUUUCUGAACUUGGGAAAGAAUUCAAUAUCGAUGAAGUUUAUGGAAGUGAAUCCUCUAUUAUUGGAAGCCUGAAAUCUGUCAACGAUUUUAAUCCAGUUGAAGUUCCUUCAAAUCGACCUGUUAACUUUGAUGAUAAAAUGCUAGAGGACAAUUUGCAGCAGCCAUUGACUGAAAAUGAUAAUGCCACAGAAAACCUUGUUAGUAAGAAAGGAGAUGAGCCAAUGGAUUCAGGAGAAGGUGAUGGAGCCCAGACGAGGGGCAAAAGUGCUAGUAGUAGACAAAAUGAGAAGUUAUAUGGUGAGGAAGGCAUGUUGAACACUAAACAGAAGAAAGCUGAGAAGAAAAAGAGGAAGAAAGACAAGCCCUCAACUGCUAGUGAUAUGGACGGUGAUUAUGACUUUAAGGUAGAUUAUAUCAAGAAGGAUUCUGCUAUGGAUGAUGCCGAUGAAGUUGUAGCAACUGAUGGAAGUAAGAAUAACAGAUUUGAGCUGCCAUCUGGGGUUGAGUUAGAUAAAUGAAUGAAGAUAAACUCUGAGCUAGAAACUAUCCUUAACAAUCAGAUUUUGUGGUUGCUAAAUUUUUGUUUGCCCUGUAAAGAUUUUGAUACCAGAGGCCAUCUUUCCUGUUGUACUAAAUUGAAGCAAUUAUAUAUCAUGAGAAACAUUUUUGUC